UAUGGAGGCCGUCCAUAUCCCAAGAGUACUCCAGUGCCCCCUAUGGAUUCAAAGAAAAGGAUUUACCUGGUAAGUACCAAAAUCCUAUUUUAUAUAGGUAUUACACACCUUAACAAUUUUACUGAGUCGUCCAAGUGUCUGUCUUUGUCUUUUGUGUUGUCUGUCUGCAUAAUGAGUAAGGCACCAGCAAAGACUAAAAAGAAGUUUUACUGCAAUGUCUGUACAUGAAUCUACCACAUGUUGAGUAUGUUUUGUAGGUUUCCACUCCGGAACCCGGUUUCAUUCCCAGAUCCUAUGUUAAGCAAAUGUAAUGGCUGGGUUGCAAUUAGAAUUGGCCGCCGCUCGACACGAGCGGCAAGAUCGGAGUCUCUGGUGAGACCGCCAGAUCUAACGGAGGAGUCUCAGCCUUUGCAAAGGUCCAACUUCACUUUGGGUACAAGGGAUUAAUUUAAUUUGUCUUAUAAUUUACCCGUUUCUGCUAUAUUGCAGUCUGACAAUUCUAUGCCAGACCUCACGGCGCUAAAUAAGGGUGAGGAGGGCAAAUUAGACCAGCAGUCAAAUAGUGCAGCUUUUGACAGCCCAGACAUUGAUAAUCUCAUCAGGCCAGUGCGUCAGUCUCUGAAGGUUACAGAGACUAAGGAGCCUCUGACAUAUAAUAAAGUCGUAUUUACUAAACGACAGAGAUCUCCAAUGGAGUUCUUAUUUAGGAAUAUCUUCAUAAGAUGUUAGUAGAAACACGAAAGAACCGAAUAACCGGUUCUAUACCUCACAGAUUUAAGUCUACUUACCCGUUUCCACACAGUGGCAUCUACAUUGGAGAAUCCGCCAUUGGUGGAUUCGUCUGUGUCAAACCUUAUAAAGACCCUUCAGACGUAAGAUAGAAGGGCAUUUGGGUCACUAAGGCGCUAUUUGUAUGGAUAACCGAACUCAAGUCUGCUCUGCAUGACGAUCACGUUAUACUUAUCGCUAAUCAAAUCUGAGAAGCUGCUGAGUAUCUAUGUACAGCUUCUGCUGCCGGCUGUCAGCUCACUUCUCGCUUUUCAUCGUCGCUAGUUACAGCACGACAAGUACUCUGGCUGCGUUCUUGGCAAGCGGAGUCAGAGGUCAAAAGAAUACGGUGGCCAGAAGUUGUUUGGUCCUAAAUUGGACAAAUGCAUUUCUCAGGCCAAGGGGGGGGGGGAAGAGUCUAGUUUCCUGCCAUUGCCUCCACCGGUACCGAGACGGAAAUACUCUGGCCCGACGUUCAAAUCCUUUAGACUUCAGUCCUUUCAAGGCUGUGGUAGAGAAACAGCCACGCCUUGUAACGUCAGGGCGCUAAGGUCACCGACAAGCCAGUGGCUUGACGGGCUCCCAGGCCAUCUCUGAUUUCAGCGCGCCUUCAGGCGUUACAUUUGCCGGGAUUCCAGACAUCCAGUGCUGGAUGUAUCCGCAAUUUAGUGAUUAAAAGAUGUCUCCUGCCACUGCGCUUUUUCAAGACAGGACUGCCUCUGUCGGACGACAAAAAAGCGGUUUGGCAAAUUGCCAUUCAGUCUCUGCUGGAUUCAGCAGUUUUUAAUUCCAGGCCUGGUACACCAACAAGGUCAGGGUUAUUAUUCCAGUCUGUUUGUGGUACCGAAGCUGGAUGACUCCGUCAGAGUCUCAAUCAGUAAGUCACUUACUACAGAUUAAAGAUGGAAUCUCUGCGGUCAGUAAUUGCAGAUUUAGAGCCACAAGAAUGCAUGAUUGCGCUAGAUCUCAAGCAUGCGUACUUACACAUUCCGAUUUGGUCACCUCAUCAGAGGUUCUUGCAUUUUGCAAUACGCCACAACCAUUACCAGUUUCAGCCUCUACCGUUUGGCCUCUCGUCAGUGCCUCGGGUAUUCACCAAAGUGAUGUCUGUGAUGAUAGCUCAUCUCAGAUCCCUGGGAGUGACAAUCGUUCCGUACUUAGACGAUCUUCUCAUAAAAGCUCCGUCUCAACAGAUGCUCCUCCAACAUGCGCUGCUAACGUACAAUGUACUGGUUCACCACGGUUGGAGUGUCAACUUCAAGAAAUCACAUCUAAUUCCGUCUCAACGACUUCAAUUCCUAGGUAUGAUUCUCGAUACGGUAAAUCAAAGAAUUUACCUACCACAACAGAAAGUACAGAUUAUUAGCCAUCUUGUACAAUUAGUGCUCAAGCCACGCACAGUCUCGGUACAUUUGUGUAUUCGCCUAUUAGGAACAAUGGUGGCGGCUUUCGAAGCGCUUCAGUUCGGAAGAUUUCACUCACGUCCAUUUCAGCUGGAUGUGCUCGCACAGUGGUCGGGCUCGCAUCUGCAGAUUCACCACAGGGUGAGGUUGUCGCCAAGGGCAAGGGUGUCUCUACUCUGGUGGCUCAAGGAACACAAUUUAACCGCAGGGAAACUGUUCGGCGGCUGGAAUUGAAUAAUUCUAACGACUGACGCGAGUCUCAGAGGUUGGGGAGCUGUAGUUUAAAAUUGUCAGCUCCAGGGUCUCUGGGCGGAUCACAAAAGAUUGCGGUCUAUAAAUGUCCUGGAACUCCGCGCAAUUUACAAUGCACUACGACAAGCAGUACACAUGCUUCGCUCUCAGACUGUCCAAGUGCAGUCAGACAACGCGACGGCAGUCGCAUACAUCAACAAACAAGGCGGAACGAGAAGCCGCAUGGCAAUGCGGGAAGUAGCUCGAAUCCUCAAUUGGCCAGAAUACCACCAGGUGAUAUUGUCGGCAGUGUUCAUUCCGGGAGUGGACAACUGGGAGGCGGAUUAUCUCAGCCGUCGGGAUUUUCAUCCAGGAGAAUGGGCAUUAAAUCCAGAAGUGUUUCACAUGUUGGUCCAGAGGUGGGGUUACCCUCAAGUGGUCCUGAUGGCAUCUCGCCACAAUCGCCAAACUCCCCAGUAUGUGUCCAGAACGAGAGAUCCAAAGGCAGUGGCGGUGGAUGCUCUCACAAUCGCGUGGCCGUACAGCUUCGUGUAUUUGUUUCCACCGUUUCCGCUGCUCCCUCUGUUGCUAAAACGGAUCAAAAGAGAGUCCGUCACAGUCAUACUAGUGGCGCCUCAUUGGCCUCGGAGAGCUUGGUUCUCGGAUCUCCGCGGACUACUCGCAGACAAUCCUUGGCCGCUGCCACUACGUCCGGACUUGUUACAACAGGGUCCGUUCCUUUACCCCGAUUUAGCGCGGCUGCUUUUGACGGGGUGGCUAUUGAGAACGCACUCUUAAGGAGAGCAUUCCAGAAUCGGUUAUACCAACCAUGUUACGAGCUAGGACCAGUUACGGCAGCUCAUUAUUACAGAAUUUGGCGUGCCUAUAUAGGUUGGUGUGAAACUCAGAAGUUUCCGACAUCAUCUUUCAAGUUAAUCCCGUCUUUUGUUAUGUCUACAGACGGGGUUAGAUGGAGGACUGCGUUUAUCUACACUAAAGGUGCAGGUAUCUGCGUUGUCAAUUUAUUUUCAAAGACGUUUGGCUCUAUUGCCGUCGGCACACACUUUUCUGCAAGGAGUCCUCAGAGUACAGCCUCCAUUCAUUCCACCUACAGCGCCAUGGGACUUGAAUCUGGUUUUAGAUUUAUUACAGUCUUCACAUUUUGAAAGUGGAUAUUACUUGGAAAAUAAUUUUUCUCCUAGCCUUAGCUUCGGCAAGGCGUGUUUCAGAUUUGGGUGUCUUGUCAUGCAAGCCACCGUAUUUGGCGUUUCAUGAUGACAGAGCGGAACUUCGACCGAAUCCCGCUUUCUUACCAAAGGGUAGUGUCAUCUUUUCACAUCAAUCAACCAAUAGUAGUUCCUGUGUUAACCGGACAUUCUGGAACUCUGGAUGUGGUACGCGCAUUCCGCGUUUAUGUAUCCCGAACGUCUACAGUUCGUAAAACAGAUACGUUGUUUGUUCUCUAUGAUGCUGCCAAGAUAGGUUGGCCAGCUUUUAAGCAGACCUUAUCCAGAUGGAUAAAACUGACUAUACGUCAGGCUUACCUUCAUGCUAGGUUACAGCCGCCUACAUCAGUAACCGCUCAUUCCACAUGUUCUGUGGGAGCUUCAUGGGCAUCUGGUCGUGGAGCUUCUACGACGCAGCUUUGCCGUGCGGCUACAUGGUCAUCAGUGCACACGUUUGUGCGCUGUUACAAGUUUGAUACGUUUGCGGCAUCAGCAUCUAGCUUUGGCCGCAUAGUGUUACAGGUGCCAAACAGCUCUCCCGCCCACGGGGGAAACUUUGGUACGUCCCAAGAGUACUCCAGUGACCCCUAGUGGAUGAAAAAGAAAAUAGGAUUUUGGUACUUACCAGGUAAAUCCUUUUUCUUUGAAUCCAUAGGGGGCACUGGACGCCCACCCAGAGCAGUUUUACCUGGUUUGUGGUAAGCUCAGGGGAUCUUAUGGUAACACACUUUCACCGACUGGUUCAAAUUAUAAAGUUCUAUCGGUUAUGGUGUCAACUGUUUAGUUGUCAGUAACGUUAUGGGGUAUAUGCAAUUGCGGUCGAAUUCCAGAAAAAGUCGAAUUCCGGACCUUUUUCGCCUCAAAAAAACAAUUCGCCUAUGCAGUCCAGUACUUUAUCGCAAAAAAACGGACAUUCAAAAUUCGACUUUUGGCAAUUCGACUUUUUUCGCAUUCGACUUUUCUGCAAUGGUACAGAUGCUGCAAUUCGCCCAAAGCAUAUUCAAUUCAAGUUUGGAAAUUCGCCUGCAGUGCUUUUCGACCGCAAAUUCGCCUAUUUCAGUCCGCCUCAGUUGACUGGCGGGAUCUAAAAAAAAAAUUUUUAGUACAUGUUUUUUUUGGAUAUUUGAGGAUUGCUAGUAGCAUAUCUAUUUAUAUUUGAAAGGAUUAUCUGCUUGGUUUGUCUUUUUUUGCUUCACAAGUAUUAUUUAAUUGAUUUUUUAAAGGAAUAUUUUUUUCUUCAAUCUCCUGAGGGAAAUUUACCCAUGAUUCCACAGUUUUUCCCAGGAUACACUUCUGCAAAGCCCCUCCUAUCUCCUCACUCCCAGGUUUGAGACUACAGGGAGAAGGAGCCAUUUUACAGUCAGCUCUGUGGAAUCGUUUUUUUAGGAAAAUUCCUGCGUUUUAAAACACAUUCCUAUUUUUGUACUGACUACAAUAAUGGAGCCUUUUUCUGACCAGAUUGUGAUGUUCAUGCUGGCUGCAAGCAUGAUGGAGGAAGAAAGUGCUGAUGAACAUCAGGAUCCAGGUCAGCAAAUGUCUGCAUUGGGUGAGCCAGUAUUGCGGGUUUCAUUUCCACGUCCACGCCAGUAUCGCACUAGGCGUGAACUGGAGGAUCUCAGCGAGUUCGAGGUGAUACAAAAUUAUCGCUUAUCGACUCGCGACAUAUAUUCGCUGUACGCUCUGUUGGAGGCCGACUUGGAACCUCGGGCACGGACAAAUCGUGCAAUCAGCGGUUUUCAGAAACUGCUGGGGACGUUACAUUUUUUGGCGUCAGGCACAUUCCAGCCUACACUGUCUCAAACAUGCGGUUUUUCACAGUCGACACUGUCGCGCUGUAUAACCCAGGUCAUUAGGGCUUUCCGCAAAUUGACGAUCCAGUACAUCACAUUUCCAGAGACGGACAGCGAAUGUCGUGAGAUCAAAUUAGGCUUUUUCAACAAAUACAAAUUUCCCAAUGUGCUGGGCGCGAUUGACUGUACCCACGUGCAGAUCAGACCGCCACGGAAUUCAGAGGAAUGUUUUCGGAACCGAAAACCGUUCCAUUCCCUGAACGUUCAGGCGGUCUGUGAUGUAAACAUGAGAUUUUUGAACAUUUUUGUGGGAUUUCCUGGAUCAUCUCACGACUCCUUCAUCCUAAGCCAGUCAUCGCUGUUUGACAAGUUCGAAACAGGAAACAUGCCUGGUGGCUGGCUGUUAGGCGAUGCGGGUUAUCCAAACAAACCGUGGCUGUUGACCCCAUUGUCUAAUCCUGUUGGUAGAGCAGAAAAACGUUACCAAGAGACACACAUUGCAUCGAGGCAAAUAAUUGAACGUGCCUUCGGUGUACUUAAAAGCCGGUUUCGAUGUUUAGACACUUCCGGCGGUGCUCUUUUGUACUCACCGUCGAAGGUUUGUGGCAUGGUAAAUGCAUGUUGUAUUUUACACAACAUAUGUGUCGCAAACCGUUUGCCGGUGACUCUUCGUCGCAGUGCUUUCCGACGCGGGAACCGGUCUUCAGCUCUACCGGUGGGUAUGGACGAAGGAGAGGAUUCCCGGCGGACAUUGAUCCAAAAUUAUUUUGCAGUUGCCUAGUUUUACAUCCUGUUGAUGUAUAUCCCCAGGCCAUGUUUGUACAGUUCGUUACCCCGUUUUAUCCUGUUGUUGGGUUACCGCAAAUAUUUGAUCCUUUUAUCCAACUCUACCAUGGGUGACCCUACUGGUGAUGUGGACCUGACCCUCCGCCAUGUAGCAGACAACCCCCCCUCAGGUCCUGCGAUGUAUCUUCCCAAGUGGCGUGGAUGUGAGGAGACACGACAUUUCACCUGAUGUUCCAUGGGUGACCCUACUGGUGAUGUGGACCUGACCCUCCGCCAUGUAGCAGACAACCCCCCUCAGGUGAGAUGUAUUGCCCAAGACUCCCUUGUCCAAAAUC